UCCUGAUAUUUUUGGCGCGGCUCUGCAACAGCGUUACAGCUUCGCCAAAUCAUAGUAUUGCCCCCUAUCCUCUCCCAAGAAGCUGAAUUUUUGACCUAAUUGUUCAGAGGUGAACGAAUUCCACCCCUAUCAGCCAGGAUUCCACACAAUUAUGGGAGCUCCGAAGCAGGCUGAGGCUUUAAGCUUCCCGCGCACCGCUAGCCCCAAAGUCUAUCCACGCCUUUCCAGGAACGACAUAGAAGCUCUAAUUGCUGCGGGAAGCCAUGUUAUAAUCUACAACGGCUAUGCACUCAAGGUCAAUGCGUGGAUCCCGUAUCAUCCGGGAGGCGACAAGGCCAUUAUGCACAUGGUUGGCCGCGAUGCCACUGACGAGAUCAAUGCUCUUCACUCACCUGAUGCCACCAAGCGAAUGAUUAAGUUUCGUAUAGGCAAAGUUGAGGAGGGCCCUUGGCUCAACUUUACACCUCCGAUACAGGGUGGAACGUUCCGUUCUGGCGACGAAGUUCAGGGCACCACCACCAUCCCUUCAGCGGAUCAAAAGGAAAUAUCUCAGGCGGAUAAUACAUUAAAGCAGAGAUCUGCCCCUGAGGCAACCAGCCCCAAAUCAGAAUCUACGAGCAACCCAGAGGUCGAUAGUGACGGCAUGUCAUACCUGGAUGCUGUCUCCCGUGAGUAUAUUACGCUCGAUCUUGAGAAGUAUCCCAACCCAGAUCUAUCCACCCAGGCCAGCGUUGUUGAGAAGUAUCGCAAAUUGUAUGAAAGAAUGGAGGAUGAGGGCCUCAUGAACCCAAACUGGCAGGCAUAUGCUGCUGAUUGCUGCCGAUACGUCCUCUUGUUUAGUCUCUCAAUGGUCUUCUUGCGAUUUGGCCAAUGGGCUCUCUCAGGCUUCUUUCUGGGACUGUUGUGGCAUCAACUUGUCUUUACUGCCCAUGAUGCCGGUCAUAUUGGAAUCACUCAUAACUACCACUUCGAUUCCAUCCUGGGUAUUAUCAUUGCUGACUACAUUGGUGGUCUCUCGCUGGGCUGGUGGAAGAGUAACCACAACGUCCACCAUAUCGUUACCAACGCACCAGAGCAUGAUCCCGAUAUCGAGCACAUGCCUCUCUUUGCCAUUUCUCAUCGCUUCCUUGGCAACUUGUAUUCGACCUACUACGACCGUGCCAUGACGUACGAUAUAUUCGCAAAGUUUCUACUACGCUUUCAGACAUGGACCUACUAUCCACUCUUAUCCCUAGGCCGUUUCAAUCUCUACGCUCUUUCUUGGCAAUAUCUAUUUGGAGGCAAAGCCCCGAAGAAGGGUAUUUCAGCCUGGCAUCGCUGGGUCGAGAUUGGAGGCCAGUUUUUCUUCUGGUUUUGGUUUGGUUAUCUGAUUGUCUACCGGACUAUUCCGGACGGGUGGUCUCGAUUUACGUUUGUAAUGGUCAGCCACAUUACUUCGUCUCCUCUACAUGUCCAGAUCGUCCUGUCGCAUUUUGCCAUGAGCACAGCCGAUCUUGGCCCGCAAGAGUCCUUCCCACAGCGUAUGCUUAGGACCACCAUGGACGUGGACUGCCCGCCAUGGCUCGACUUCAUCCACGGAGGGUUACAGUUCCAAGCUAUCCAUCAUCUCUUUCCUCGCAUGCCGCGUCACAACUUGAGACAGGCCCAGAAGCUGGUCCUCGAGUUUUGCGAUGAUGUAGGUAUACCUUAUGCUUACUAUGGCUUUGCGCACGGUAACCAGCAAGUCCUUGGCCGUCUGGGAGAGGUUUCGCGCCAGGCUGCGAUUUUAGCAAAAUGUCAGAAAUCUAUUGCGAAAUCAGGAAGACUAGAUGGCCAUCACCAUUAGGAUCAGAGCUAUGCUAUUUAGCGUGCAUUUACUGGUGGGACGACCUGAUUUAAUAACUACAUAUUUAAGGAUUGAAGGCAAUAAUACUACUAGCUUUUCAAUAUAUCCCCUUUU